AAGCAGACGCCAGGAGACUGACACCACCUCUGCCGGGUCCCCACUGCCUCUCCGGCGCGCUCCCCGCGCUCAGAAGUUCCCGGGGUGCUGCGCCUCUCCCUCCCGCCGGCCGGGGAAGCAGGCAGGCAGAGGCUGGAGGCUGGCACGCCGCCACGGAGGGGAACCGAAGGGGAGCCGCCGGAGAAAGUCCCCAAGGGUGGAAGCGCCGUGCCUCCGCCCGUGUCCCCAGUGAGGCGCUACGCGAAGAUGGAGCCAGGUCCGGACCGCGCCGCGGGACCGCCACCCUGCUCCUCCCAUUAGAGGGUGCAGGACGCUCGGGCUGCUCCUCCGGGCCAAGGAUCCGGGAGACCCCGGGAGCAGGGCGUUCGCUUUCCUCUCCUGCAUCCCCCACUGGGCGCCCAGGCGCAGCUGGACCCUCUCCACUGACCCGUGAGCCCCAGGCACACUCUCGGGGGCAGCAUGACUCGGCUGAGCUGGUGCUUCUCCUGCGUGGUCCGAUGGGGCCAGUACUUCUUCUCGUGCCUCCUGCCCCUGCGCUUCUGCUUCCGCAGCCAGCCAGAGGACCUGGAGGCCCCCAAGACCCACCACUUCAAGGUGAAGACUUUCAAGAAGGUGAAGCCCUGUGGUAUCUGCCGACAGGCCAUCACCCGGGAGGGCUGCACCUGCAAAGUCUGCAGCUUCUCCUGUCAUCGGAAAUGCCAGGCCAAGGUGGCUGCCCCCUGCAUUCCUCCGUCCAGCCAUGAACUGGUGCCCAUCACCACUGAGAGUGCCCUAAAGAAUGUAAUGGACACAGGAGAAGGAGGCUCCCGGGGUGGAAAUUCACGGAAAAGUCUGGAAGAAGAGGGCUCCACUAGAGGCACCCCGAGUAUCCAGCCCCAUCUGCAGCCUGUCAGUCUCCCUAGAAACCUGAGUGUGAGCCGGACCAUGGAGGACAGCUGUGAGCUGGACCUGGUGUACGUCACCGAGAGGAUCAUUGCCGUGUCCUUCCCCAGCACAGCCAAUGAGGAGAACUUCCGGAACAACCUCCGGGAGGUGGCCCAGAUGCUCAAGUGCAAACAUGGAGGCAGCUACCUGCUGUUCAAUCUCUCUGAGCGAAGACCUGACAUCACGAAGCUCCAUUCCAAGGUACUGGAAUUUGGCUGGCCUGACCUGCAUACCCCGGCCCUCGAGAAGAUCUGCAGCAUCUGCAAGGCCAUGGACACCUGGCUCAACUCAGACCCGCACAACGUCGUCGUUCUACACAACAAGGGAAACCAAGGCAGGAUAGGGGUGGUCAUCGCGGCUUACAUGCACUACAGCAACAUUUCUGCCAGUGCUGACCAAGCUCUGGAUCGGUUUGCAAUGAAGCGGUUCUAUGAGGAUAAGAUCAUACCCAUUGGGCAGCCAUCUCAGAGAAGGUAUGUGCAUUACUUCAGCGGCCUGCUCUCUGGCUCCAUCAAAAUGAACAACAAGCCCUUGUUUCUGCACCAUGUGAUCAUGCACGGCAUCCCCAACUUUGAGUCCAAAGGAGGGUGUCGGCCUUUUCUCCGCAUCUACCAGGCCAUGCAACCUGUGUACACGUCUGGCAUCUACAACAUCCCGGGGGACAGCCAGACGAGCAUCUGCAUCACCAUUGAGCCAGGACUGCUCCUGAAGGGAGACAUCUUGCUGAAGUGCUACCACAAGAAGUUCCGGAGCCCCGCCCGCGAUGUCAUCUUCCGCGUGCAGUUCCACACCUGUGCCAUCCAUGACCUGGGGGUUGUCUUUGGGAAGGAGGACCUGGAUGAGGCCUUCAAAGAUGACCGAUUUCCAGAAUAUGGCAAAGUAGAGUUCGUGUUUUCCUACGGGCCAGAGAAAAUUCAAGGCAUGGAGCACCUGGAGAACGGGCCGAGUGUGUCUGUGGAUUACAACACCUCCGACCCCCUCAUCCGCUGGGAUUCCUACGACAACAUCAGUGGACAUCGGGAAGAUGGCAUGGAGGAGGUGGUGGGACACACCCAGGGGCCACUGGACGGGAGUCUGUACGCCAAGGUGAAGAAGAAGGACUCCCUGAACGGCAGCACCGGGGCCGUCAACGCCGCGCGUCCUGUCCUGUCGGCCACCCCCAACCACGUGGAGCACACGCUUUCCGUGAGCAGUGACUCGGGCAACUCCACAGCCUCCACCAAGACCGACAAGACGGAUGAGCCUGUCCCCGCGGCCUCCGGUGCCCCCGCUGCCCUGAGUCCCGAGGAGAAGCGGGAGCUGGAUCGCCUGCUCAGCGGCUUUGGCCUAGAGCGAGAGAAGCAGGGCGCCAUGUACCGUGCACAGCACCUCAGGUCCCGCCUGGCCGCCGGCCCAGCUGGGUCUCCCUCCGGCCGCCAUAUUGUCCCAGCCCAGGUCCAUGUCAACGGUGGGGCCUUGGCCUCUGAGCGGGAGACAGACAUCCUGGAUGAUGAGCUGCCCAACCAGGAUGGGCACAGCGUGGGCAGCAUGGGCACGCUGUCCUCUCUGGACGGGAUCACCAACACCAGCGAGGGGGGCUACCCAGACGCCCUGCCCCCACUAACCAACGGCCUGGACAAGGCCCACCCUGAGGAACCUCUGGUCAAUGGCGGGGGCUACCCCUAUGAGAACGCCAGCCGGGCAGUGCCCGCCCAUGCUGGCCACGUGGCCCCCAUGCGACCCUCCUACUCGGCGCAGGAGGGCUUAGCUGGCUACCAGCGGGAGGGGCCUCACCCGGUCUGGCCCCAGGCAGUGACCACCUCCCACUAUGGCCAUGACCCCAGCGGCAUGUUCCGCUCUCAGUCCUUCCCGGAUGCCGAGCCCCAGCUGCCCCCAGCUCCAGCCCGCGGGGGCAGCAGCCGGGAGGCCGUGCAGAGGGGGCUGAAUUCAUGGCAGCAGCAGCAGCAGCAGCAGCCGCAGCCUCGCCAACCUCUUCGCCAGCAGGAAAGAGCCCAGUUGGAGAGCCUCGCGACCGGCAGGCCCAGCCCCCAGCCGCUGGCAGAGCCCCCCGCCUCUGCUCUCCCAGAGUUCCCCAGGGCGGCCUCUCACCAGGAGAUUGAGCAGUCCAUCGAAGCGCUCAACAUGCUCAUGCUGGACCUUGAGCCAGUCUCGGCCGCCGCCCCCCUGCACAAGUCCCAGAGUGUCCCUGGGGCCUGGCCAGGGGCUCCCCCACUCUCCUCCCAGCCCCUCUCAGGCUCUUCCCGCCAGUCGCAUCCACUGACCCAGUCCAGAUCUGGCUCCAUCCCCGGUGGGCACUCCCUGGGAACCCCCGAGCUGGCCCCUCCCGGCAGGUCUUACUCACCUUACGAUUAUCAGUCGGGUCCAGCUGCGUCCAACCAGGGUUUCCGUCCAAAGAGCCCAGCCUCCUCAUCCUUCCUUCCAACCGCCCAUGGCCCCCCAGGGCCUCAGCAGCCCCCAGCCUCUCUCCCUGGCCUCACCACUCAGCCUCAGCUCCCACCAAAGGAAGCGGCCUCAGAGCCCUCCCGAACCCCAGAGGAGGAGCCACUGAAUCUGGAAGGGCUGGUGGCCCACCGAAUAGCAGCGUACAAUGCCAAGCUGCAGGACAUGGGGCAGGGUGGCCACUCCCGGGCCCCUCCUCUCCACCGGCUGCGAUCUGCCUCCCUCUCUGGGGUGCAGGCUCGGGAGAGGCAGCCUGCGGAGCCCCCAGCCCCACUCCGGAGGCGGGCGGCCAGCGAUGGACAGUAUGAGAACCAUUCUCCUGAAGCCACAUCCCCCCGUAGCCCCGGGGUUCGCUCCCCUGUCCAGUGCGUCUCCCCUGAGCUGGCUCUCACCAUCGCCCUCAAUCCUGGAGGGCGGCCCAAAGAGCCCCACCUGCACAGCUACAAGGAGGCCUUCGAGGAGAUGGAGGGGACCUCUCCAACCAGCCCGCCGUCCAGUGGGGUGCGCUCCCCUCCAGGUCUGGCCAAGACACCCCUAUCUGCUCUGGGCCUGAAACCCCACAACCCAGCGGACAUCUUGUUGCACCCCACAGGCGCCACCAGGAGACUGGUCCAGCCAGAGGAAGAUGAGGGGAGGGAGCUGGCUAAGCUUCCAGAAGAAGCCCGGAGCUACGUGGAGUCUGUGGCACGGACGGCAGUGGCCGGGCCCCGACCUCAGGAUGCUGAACCCAAGAGCUUCAGUGCCCCAGCUGCCCAGGCCUAUGGCCACGAGACGCCCCUGAGGAAUGGGACCCUGGGCAGCGCCUUUGUCUCCCCCAGCCCUCUGUCCACCAGCAGCCCCAUCCUCAGCGCCGACAGCACUUCAGUGGGGAGUUUCCCAUCAGGGGAGAGCAGCGACCAGGGCCCGCGGACACCCACCCAGCCCUUGUUGGAUUCCAGCUUCCGCUCCGGCAUCCUGGGGCAGCCCAGCCCCGUGGCCCAGAGAAGUUACCAGAGCUCUUCUCCUCUCCCGACCGUGGGCAGCAACUACAGCAGCCCCGACUCCUCACUUCAGCAAUUCAGCCCCGCAGAAAGCCAGCCCCGCUCUCAGUUCAGCGUGGCCAGUGUCCACGCGGUGCCCGGGAGCCCUCAGGCCCGCCACAGGACAGUGGGCACCAACACGCCCCCCAGUCCUGGCUUCGGCCGGCGGGCCGUCAACCCCAGCAUGGCUGCCCCUGGCAGUCCCAGUCUGAGCCACCGCCAGGUCAUGGGUCCACCCGGCCCUGGUUUCCAUGGCAACACCGUUUCCAGCCACCCGAGCAGCGCGGCCACCACCCCAGGGAGCCCCAGCCUGGGCCGGCACCCCGGGGCCCACCAAGGCAACCUGACCCCCAGUCUCCAUGGCAACGCAGUGGCCAGCCCUGGCAGCCCCAGCCUGGGCCGUCACCUGGGAGGGUCUGGAUCCAUGGUUCCUGGCAGCCCCGGCUUGGACCGGCACGUGGCCUACGGUGGCUACUCCACCCCUGAGGACCGGAGGCCCGCGCUGUCCCGACAGAGCAGCGCUUCCGGCUACCAGGCCCCGUCCACACCCUCCUUCCCUCUCUCCCCUGCCUACUACCCGGGCCUGAGCAGCCCCACCACCUCCCCCUCGCCCGAUUCUGCGGCCUUCCGGCAGGGGAGCCCCACACCGGCCCUGCCAGAGAAGCGGAGGAUGUCCGUGGGCGACCGGGCAGGCAGCCUCCCCAACUACGCCACCAUCAACGGGAAGGUGUCCUCCUCGCCGGUGGCCAGUGGCAUGUCCAGUCCCAGUGGGGGCAGCACUGUCUCCUUCUCCCACACGCUGCCCGACUUCUCCAAGUACUCCAUGCCAGACAACAGUCCUGAGACCCGGGCUAAAGUGAAAUUUGUCCAGGACACUUCCAAGUAUUGGUACAAGCCUGAGAUCUCCAGAGAGCAAGCCAUCGCACUCCUGAAGGAUCAGGAGCCAGGGGCCUUCGUCAUCCGCGACAGCCACUCCUUCCGGGGGGCCUAUGGGCUGGCCAUGAAGGUGUCCUCGCCUCCUCCGACCAUCAUGCAGCAGAAUAAGAAAGGAGAUCUGGCCCAUGAGUUGGUGAGACAUUUCCUAAUCGAGACCGGCCCCAGAGGAGUCAAGCUCAAGGGCUGCCCCAAUGAGCCGAACUUUGGCUCCCUGUCCGCCCUGGUCUACCAGCACUCCAUCAUCCCUCUGGCUCUGCCCUGCAAGCUCGUCAUUCCAAACCGAGACCCCACAGAUGAAUCCAGAGAUAGCUCGGGCCCUGCCAACUCGACUUCUGACCUGCUGAAGCAAGGAGCGGCCUGUAAUGUACUCUUCGUCAAUUCCGUGGAUAUGGAGUCACUCACUGGGCCGCAGGCCAUCUCCAAAGCUACAUCUGAGACGUUGGCUGCUGACCCCACGCCAGCUGCCACUAUCGUUCACUUCAAGGUCUCUGCGCAGGGAAUCACACUGACUGACAACCAGAGAAAGCUCUUCUUCCGAAGACACUACCCCCUCAACACUGUCACCUUCUGUGACCUGGAUCCACAGGAAAGAAAGUGGAUGAAGACAGAGGGAGGUGCUCCUGCUAAGCUCUUUGGCUUCGUGGCCCGGAAGCAGGGCAGCACCACAGACAACGCCUGCCACCUCUUUGCCGAGCUCGACCCCAAGCAGCCUGCCUCGGCCAUCGUCAACUUUGUCUCCAAGGUCAUGCAGAGCACCGGCCAGAAGAGAUGAGCCCGCACCCCUUGCCCAGGGCCAGGGCAGCGGGGACGGGGCACCUGGGGAGGGGACCUCUGAAUCCUGACCACCUCGAAUCCACAAGGAGGACUUUGGGCUAAUUUGGGAGAAGGAGAGAAGAAAGUGUAGCGUUGGGCGAGGGAAGUGAAAUACAGAGGGGAGGGGAGAGGGAGAAAAAGCAAAAAAAAAGAUGGAGGAGAAGACGCAGGUUCUCCUGGGCAGAUGGAAACGGCAGCCUCCCAGAGCCUCCUAAGCCACCCAGGUCCCCUCACUCUCGCCCCCUCUGCGAGGACGCAGCUCCUCCACGGGCCUCCUUGGGAUCCACAUCUUGGGGGGAAAAUGAAAAAGCUCUGUGUCCCUUGCCACCUGCUUUGCAAGGACAGUUCAAGCCAAGAGAGUCUUUUUCUGGCCACCUGAGGGCGGGUCGCUGAGCCCCAAGGCUGGCGGGAGAAAGCUCGCAGAGAAGCUUUUCCUUCUGACACUAGGCCAGACCCGAGGCCCCUCCGUCCCGUGCUGGGCCAUUGAUGCAUUGUGACGUGGGUGUUUGUAUGUCCCCACCCACACCCUCACACACUGAUUUCUCUCGCCUCUGUCUGCUAGAAAUGUAAACAGCUCUGCUCGUCUCUGUCCCCUGGGUUAGCACACACGUGCAUUCUGUCCAAAGAAGGUUAGGGUUGGGGGUGACACGGCAGCAGGAGGAGACAGAGCCCUCUCCUGCAGGAGUACCUAGGAUUCCCCCUCCUCGUCCCUGUACUUAUACUCGAGUGGCCCCGGGUGCCACCAGCCUGAUCUGUACAGAGGCCCUGGCCCGAGGGGAAGUGCACCCCUGCUCCAUGGCUGGUUGACCCGGAGCCCCGGGCUUUGGUGUGAGGAAGCAGAGAUAUGUGUGUCUGUAGGGAGGAGGACUGUCAGGAAAGGUGGCUGCUGAGCCCUGACACCUUCCCACCACGGGUGGCUCACAGCUGGCUGGGCAGGCCGCUCUGGCCAGUGCCGGGGCUCUGCCUUACUCCUGCUGCUCGGCCCCAUUCCUGGGCUCAGGGCCCCAGCGCCAGCCUUAGCUCAGCCUUGCUUAUCUGCAUGCUGCCUUUUGGGGCGCUGGAGAUGGUGACUUCCUGCCCUGCCCUGUCUUUCCUGCAAGGUCCUCAUGUUGGGGCUCAUCCUGGGGAAUCUGCUUCUCAGCUCCCUUCUCAGCAAGGCCCCAGGAGAAACCUGUGGUCCUGAUGUCCCCUCUGUAAGAGCCUCAAGGUCUGACUGGUUGCAGGCGCCUUUCAGCUGGGCUGCUCAGGGUGACAUCAGCAAAGCUCCUAGGGCUGCUUCCGGAGCAUUCCAGGGCCUCCUCAUCAUGCCAGAGCCUUGCUGUCUCCCUUUUGCCUUGGCUUCCCCAGCAGAGCCACACUGCCCACAGAGCAGGGGACAAAGAGCAUGCAUUUAGGUCAAAAGACCAAGGGUCCAUUUGGGCAGUGGGGAAGACCCUUGGCCACCACCCAGGAACUCUAAGCCAGAAUGGAAACUUCACCAGGACUCCAUUCUUCAGCCCACAGGGGCCCUCUGAAGAGUGGCUUUGUACUGAUAUAUAAAUAUAUAUAAUAUAUACCUGAGACAUACUGACAGAAUCUGUAAGCUAAUAAAAUAUAAGAAAAGGUUAAAAAAUAGGUAAAUUGACAAAAAGUAUUUAUUGUUUCCCAGAUUGCUCUGUUGCCUCCCUGAGCAGAAACCAGUCCCCGUCCCUUUCUUUACAUAUAAGUAGAGCCUGAGUGGAGGGGCCUUUGUCCGUGGCGUGGCUGGGCAUCUCCUUGCCCUGGGCCGUGCUGGGGCUCGGUGGGGUGGGGUGGGGUGCGUAUGCUGCAUCGUGUUGGCCCCCUGAUUCUCUGUCAAUUAGGGCCCAGCGGUCAGCUCCCUGCACAUCUGGGGAGCUGUCUUCAUUCCUACAGGCGCUUGUGUGAGCAUGCUGGGGACCAGGUGUGUGUGGCCACGGGUGCACGUGUGCGUCUCUGGGAGCUGGAAAGGAGAGUGUCUAGAUUAGACGGGGGCAGAGGCUGAGCCCCCGCUACGCUCCCCAAAGGGGAAGUCCCAGGCUUGGUGAUCUAGGUCCUUCCAAAGUGCCCUUCCUUCUGAGUUGUUGAAGCCAAAUAUCUGAAGCCACCUCUCCUUAUUCCCUAACGCACUCAAGGUCUCCUCUAAGAUAGACGGAGACAUUUCCCCACCCAGUUUCUUUGUAAAUACCUCCCUCUCCCGCUUCCUAGGCCGGCAGCCUCCUCCUGGUCGGUUGCCUCUUCUUGGCUGGAGGCUGGAGGACCCUCCGGAAGCCCGCCCUGCACAGGGACUGACUGGGGUCAGCCUUUACACUUGCCUAGCCACUGCCCACCCUCAGCCCCUUCAGGCCUGGACAGCCUCCAGGCCAGCCACGUGUGAGCCAGGGGGGCAUCAGAGAUGCUGGCGAGCUGGCCACUCGCGCUCAGCACACCUGUGGAGGGAUCAGCACUUUGGGGUCCACGUGGUGGCCUGCCACCCCGCCCUGCCCAGUGACUCACAGGUGGACCCGGCACACACACACGCACAUGCACACACACACACACACACACACACACGCACGCAUAUACACACAUCACUGUGUGCUGUAGUCUAUGCUUGCCAAAGAUUUCCUUUAAGAGAGAGCACUUUGACUCAUUGUUAUCGUUUUAUACGUGUUUCUCUCCCCCUCCCGGCCCUUUGCUUGUUGUGUGUUGUUGAAUCUGUUGUCAGCAGGAGAGUGCUGUCUGGUCUUGAUGGGAGCUGAGGCAGGGAAGGGUCUGCAGAAAAGGCAAGAAAGAGCGGGAGACACAUGGUCAGCACGAGGUGCUGCCUCUGCCUGUCCAGCAGGUCUCUGGGGCAGGCCUGGGCCUCGCCCUUGCUGGCCGCCACAGGCAUGGUGGGGACAUCUCUGAUUCUGCAAGGAUUGGGGCCCAGGGAGAAUAAGAGGGAAGGGCUGGGCCUGAGAGCCAUGGUGAGGUGACCCCAGAGGGCAGCUGGGGAAAUGAGCUGUGUUUGUGGCUUCCAGGGGUGACGGAGGUACCCCCCGCCAUCGUGGUGUCUUGGCUCCUUGAUCUAGCCUGGCGUCUGAGGACAGAAGCAUCGCCUCCUGGGUUGGAGACAGGCAUUUUGAGCCAUCUCGGUGCUGACCCUCUCCCCCAGGAGUUCUGAAAGCUGAGGACGCUGACUGCCGAGGACUCUUCUCCCUGACUUCUCAGGAACCCCCAGAUAUGGUCGGGACCAGGCAGGAUGGGUGGUGGGACCCUGGAGCUGUGUGGCAUCCUGCUAUGAGGGGGCUCUCAGGAGGGAAAGGAGGGGAACUCUCCCACCUCAUACCCCCAUCUAAGAAGCCCACCCCUGCCCACCCCUGGGGUCUUCUAAGAGCUGGGGGGCAGAGUUUCAGGGCCACCUCUUCACCCAGGGCCAGGCCCUGGAAUGCUGAGACUCGUGUUCCCGUGUCCAGAGGUAACACAGGAUGUGUGUGUGCGCGCGUGCAAGUGUGGACGUCUGUGUGUGUGUUUGGCUCAUCUCUUUAGGGCACUUAGGGGUAGGGGUCCGAGGUGGUGCAUGGCAGAAUGUCAAGUUCAAGGUGACCCAGCGGUGAGAGCUAUCAGAAGGGAGGCCUGUAGGGCCAGCGAUUGGUGGAGUCUCAGCGUCGGGUGGCAGCGAGGACCGGCCCCCUGGGCUGGGCUCAGCAGACCUGUUCCUUCCUGUCUCCCCUGUAAAUGUGGGAAAGGACAGGGGACUCAGUUUCCCACACCUGGGUCGUUCCCAGCAACGAGGUUAUUGCAGAGCCAUGUCCCAAGCUUGUUUUCUAAUCAGUGUUAAAUGGAGUGACACUCUCCUGUGGGUCUGUGUUUGGUCUGUGUGUGUGUGUGUGUGUGUGUGUGUGUGUGUGUGUGUGUGCAAGCCCAGGUGUGCCUGCUGUGUCCCCCCCCCACCCAUUUUCUCUCCUCUCUUCAGACUUGUCAUUCAAAACAAAUGUCAGAAAUUCCUUACCACGGCACCCCCACCCCGCCUCCCAGGUCCUCUGCAGAAAACCCCGCUGUGUAUUUAUAUAGAUGGAAAUAUACUUUAUAUUUUGUAUCAUUGUGCCUAUAACUUUGCCACCUUGUAUAAACUCUGAUGUAUGCUAUUCGUCCUGGAUAUGAAUGUACGGACCCCCACGCUGGAUCUCCCACUCCUGUACAGCGCCUCGGUUUCUUCGCGAUCCAUUGUAUGGCUUUAUAAAUGAUAAAACUUAAAGAAAAACUG